AUGAACUUGGGGCAGCUAAACAAAUCGGCAGCGACGGUGACGACUCCCGGUCUGGAAUACGGUCUUACAAGACCUGGAUCGCCUUUAGUUGGCAGUGAGAUGGCGACUCAGGUGGAGACCGAGACCAAGACGAUGAGCGCGGCAGCGAGCCUGAAGAAGGCGGACAAGAAGACGUUUCAAAGUCUCUCAAAGGAGAUCAAAGAGCUGGUGAUUGAAAAGGUCAUCCGGCCUUCCGACCUCAAGAAGCUCUGUCUCGUCAGCAAAGAGUGGCACGAGCUCGCCGUGCGCUUUCUAUACCGCAAUGUUGCCCUUGAUCUGGGUAGCCCGAUGGACAACCGCCUCUCCGCAUUUAUCAGUCCCAAGAACAUUGGUCUCAAGCACAUCAAGCAGCUCCGGCUAUAUCUUGCACCCGUGCCUGACAGAUGCAAUCAGGAGCAACAAGCUCACUUCGCUACGCGCAUGAUUCUCGAGUUCUUGCCGGAAGACAUCCUAGAAGAGUUCAGCUGGUGUCCAUGGAAGCCCUUCUCUACGGAAAAUCUUCUCUUGCUCUACAGCAAACAGCGCAAGAUGAAAUGGUUGGAGGUCAUGGAUGUGGACGAGCCAGCUUUGCCACUCCUCAAGAAGAACAAGCGCGUGCAAUCGCUCAUGUUCAAGAACGCACGCAAGCUAGCACUAUACCCUGAGAAUCGCGAAACGCUCGAUCUGAGUGGCUAUUUCGUGGAGAAGACCGCGCAUCAGCUCGAAGAGCUGAUUGUCCAUUGCAACUUCUUACCAGACACGCGUAACGCCAUCGAAUCGCGGGACUUGAACGACUCUGCAACCGCUCCCGGUCUGGUAACGAGCACAAUCUUCAGAUGCAUGACGCCUUUCGAUAAGUGUUCACCUUUCCCAAACCUCAAGUCGCUUCGCCUGCACCGAGUGAGUCUAAGGUAUUGCGCGGACACGUGGUGCAAAUUCAUCAACUUCCACGACUUACAAGCCUUGCGGCUUUACCACUGUGCCGGCGCCGACACGCUGUUCGGUCAAUUGAGCAAAGCGAACCAUUUGCCGAGACAGCUCAAAGUACUGGAAGUGCAGCAUCGAGACAACGCCGAGAACGAAGCAUUGGUGGCUUUGGACGGCUUCCUCUGUCUCGUUUCUGGUCUGAGAGAUCUCGUCAUUGAUCUCGAGCACGUCAAGGCAAUGCCCGCCGCAGCUGGAAUCAUCCGUCAUGGGAAAACGCUCGAGCUUUUGAAUGUGCACUGUGCCGGCCAAGCGAGCCACAGUACUUCUAGUGAAAUUGAUGGUGCCGAGCUUGUCUGGGACACAGACGACUUUCACGACAUUUGCACUGCGUGCAAGGACCUGGAACAACUCAGCACUGCUUGGCCGCACACGAGUCUCAUAAGGACUCCGAGUGACGAGUGGACCUCGUUUGAACUGAGCAGUCAAAAACUACGGAGCAUGGUAACGCUCCACAUCACAAACUGGCCGACCAAUAAGCCUAGUACGCAAUUACUUCCCCGGUCAGUGUAUGAGGCUCUGUUGCAAACUUUGGCACAGCGUAGAUUUGAGAUCGCAGCGGGCUCGCAUUCCUCAAUGGAAGACGACGAUGACUCCUCCGAGGACGGCGACGGUGAUGCCGGUGCUGAGGUCGCGAUGGCAAAGGCACCAGAAGUCAUCGAGCCUCCUUCGAGACUCCGCUUGAUUGCUUUUGGCACCUCGGACAAGAUUUAUGAGCGUGAGGACUCACGGAAUCAGAUCUUGUAUCUAAAGAGCACUGCCAAGGAUGCAGAGGGUCGACAGCAAGCCUAUGCGGCCCCUGUCGGGUGGUGUCUGCGGCAAUUCAUCGAGCCCCGAAGUGAAGUCCUGGACUUUGUGCUACACAAGAGUGGAGACAGAGACAGCAGACCGCCUUGUAGAGAGUUUAGGGAUUCGGGUGGAUGGGGCGAUGAUGAUGAAGUUGACCUCAGCCGGAAACUUGCUCGGGUUGCUGCUCUACAGAGGCUGAUCCGGGAGCUCAGAGCGCUUGUGGCUGCUCUUUGA